UCUCUCUCCCCUACAGAUUAUAACCGACUCUUGAUUACAGGGGCCGAAAGUGAGGAGGAAAUGAUAUUCAAAAGGAGGGUGAGAGGAAGUAGCUCUCUUCGCCAUUAAUGGUUUCUGUCAAGAAACUUGUCAUCGCAGGUCUUGGUGAUGAAGAAAGAUGAAGUUGUGAGUUAGAGAGAGACAGCUAGUCGCAGAAAGAGCUCAAAAUUUGCAUUCAGAAAGGAGCGUGUUCUAUUCUUUCUUGGCCAUGGAUGCCAAUAAAGCCAUCAUCACCAGCCAGCACACAAGUCAACUGGAGUAUCAGCAACAGCAUCAGCAGCAUCAAAUACAAGAUCACGGCCAUCACCACUACCAUCAUCAGCAGCAGCAGGUUUCACACGGAAUGAUGCAAUCAUCGCCAUCAUCCUCCAUCACCGCGAAUAAUUUCUUAAGCAAAGACGGGGGUGGAGGAGGAGGAGCUUAUGACUUGGGCGAGCUGGAUCAAGCCCUUUUUCUCUAUCUCGAUGGGCAUGACCAAACUGUUCAAGAUAAAAAACAGAAUUCUGGGAUGAGACCUCCAACUCUCAACAUUUUCCCAUCUCAGCCUAUGCACGUCGACCCAUCGCCAAAGGUUAACAUGGGAUUGGUCUCUCCGCAGGCAAGCGGUUCGAAGAGACCGUCAGAGCCAUCUGUGGAGUUAGCCAAUGCGAGAAAUGAUGUUGCAUCUGCUCCUCCUGAACCACCCAAAACCAAUGUCAAGACCUUGAGGAGACUCGCACAGAAUAGAGAGGCAGCGAGGAAAAGCAGGCUAAGGAAGAAGGCGUACAUUCAGCAACUAGAGACAAGUAGGAUCAAGCUCUCACAGCUGGAACAAGAACUGCAAAGAGCACGAUCCCAAGGCAUAUUUGUCGGAGGAGGAGCAGUAUUAGGAGGAGAACAAGGCCUCCCAGUGGGCAUUAGCAACAUCAGCACCGAUGCUGCGGUGUUCGACAUGGAGUAUGCGAGGUGGGUCGAAGAACACCACCAUCUCAUGUGCGAGCUCCGAGCGGCGGUACAGGAGCAUCUGCCAGAGAACGAGCUGCGGCUGUUCGUGGACAACACGCUGGCUCACUACAACGAGAUGAUCAACCUCAAGAGCAUGGUGGCAAAAUCGGACGUGUUUCAUCUCGUUUCGGGAAUGUGGAAGACCCCGGCUGAGCGAUGCUUCAUGUGGAUGGGCGGAUUCCGUCCUUCCGAGCUCAUCAAGGUUAUACUAAACCACAUCGAGCCCUUGACGGAGCAACAAAUACUAGGGAUAUGCGGGUUGCAACAGUCGACGCAGGAGGCCGAGGAGGCUCUGUCACAAGGGCUUGAAGCCCUCAACCAGUCACUCUCGGAGACCAUCGCUUCCGAUUCAUUGCUCUCUCCUCCUAACAUGGCCAACUACAUGGGCCAGAUGGCCGUUGCCAUGAACAAGCUCUCUACCGUCGAAGGUUUUGUUAGACAGGCAGAUAACUUGAGGCACCAGACACUUCACCGGCUGCAUCAAAUUCUCACGACUCGCCAAGCCGCGAGGUGUUUCCUCGCGAUCGCCGAGUACUUCCAUCGCCUCCGAGCUCUCAGCUCCCUAUGGUUGUCACGUCCACGGCAAGAAUGAUGAAGACCUUUCACUAGCUAUAUUUUAGUAGAGUCCCCUUUUUCUCUCUUGCCACCAACCUCACCAAGUUAUGCCUAGUCAGCAGUUACAACCAUGUUUAAUUACUUCCAGUUGCGAAAUAGAUGUAUACAUAGAUGAUAGAUAUAUAGAAUUGACUCUAAGGCAAGGGAAAUCAGCUGCAUCCUCUUUAUUUGCCCUAUUGCUUCACGAGGAAGUAAAUCUAAUGUGGCAAUGAUUUCGCAGCCAUUGCUGACUAAAAGUAGACAAUCUAAGUAAUAGAAGGAAGGUAGAAAUUAUAGGACAUUGGGGUUGAAGAAGAAAUUGAUUUUUGGCUAAUUUUCUCUUCGCUUUGUUUGUUUUAUUUGUUUUGUGUGAGCUAGAAAGACACUCCCUGGCAUUGAGGAAGAAUGCAUGCAAGGCCAAGAGCAUAUGGACAUAUUGUUUUUGUGUGUUGUGACAAUGUGCAUGCUUGAUGCUUCUUCGUGGUGAUUAUAUAAGAAAUAGUUCAAAAUUUGAUAAAAA